AUGGAGUACCACACGAACCAGCGUCCGCGCUCCAAGAGUGGCUUUAGCUUCAAGAGCGACAAGAGCGAUAAGAGCCAUGGCUCCGACAGAGUUCAUCGCCCCAAGAUCAAGGACCUCCACGAGUCCAACGCCGAAAAGCACAGGAGACAGCUCAGCGGCACCUCCAAAGCCAACCCCAACGCCGCCAUGGAAGAAGCCCAGCCGAUCGCUGCCGCCCUCGAGGCCCCCACCAUGGGAUCGCUGCGUGCCAUAGCCCACACCGACGUUGACGGCUCGCCCAUUCCCGAACCCGAUCUGUCUAACCCUACUCGCUCUCGCUGGGAGCGCCCUCUUGACACGAUUCGCAAGUUCGAAGCGCAGAUUGACGGCGAAUACAAGCGGAGGACGGGCGGUGCACGAACUGACGUCGAAUCCGUCGCCGACUUCAGCGGUUACACGAGUCGCCGGAGCAGCUAUUACGGAGGCAACGGCAACAAUCGUUACUCCAGCAGCACCGCCAACGGCUAUGGCGGUGGAGGCUACUACGGUGGUCGCAACCCCACUUCUCCACGCCCGGCUGAGGAUGCCUACAUGCCGACUCCUGUCGCCGGCCCCGGCCGCAACCGCUUUGGUCAGCGUCUUCAGCAAGAAAUGAUGCCCCCGCGCCCGCCCGCGCACAACCAGGGCCUCUACCCGAGCCAUUCGUACCAGCAGUCCCGCGACACGGUGAACACCGGCUUCUCGAACAGUUCUGGCGAGGCUUACGGCAACCAUACCGAUCCGAGCAGCGAGAACAGCUCCAUUGAGAGGAUGCCUCCGGUUCAGAAGCCUGACGUGGGCGAGCAGUAUGGCUUCAAUGGUUUUGGUGGAAGCCCGGUUGCGGACGGUUACGACAACUCCAACGGCUACUAUGACCAACAAGGUUACGGUGGAGCGCCGGCAGUUGGCGAGACACACUUUAGCAAGAACCAGGCGCCGCUGCCGCCGGUACCCCAGCACGACAGCGUCAGCGGGACACCGAAGAUGGGCGACGGUCCGCCACAGCAACCGAUUGCGGCUGCUCCUGCUCGCCGCCCGGUUGCCAAUGGCGACGGUGACAAGAGAAAGAGUUGGUUCAAGAGGCGGUUCAGCAAGGAGUAG